AUGCAGCCAAUUACUCCCGUCCCAAGAAGGCUUGGCUCAGACGUACCUCCCUUCUUGAAUUCCGUAAAUCAGCCCAAUCCCAGACAAAGGAAUCGCAUCCACAACCAAGCCAUCAGAAGAGCCAAAGCUAAUAUCGGGAAACGUCGCGACGACAUAGUGUCGACGUUCCGCGAGGAGGAUAUUGACCCCAGGCGCAUUCUCGACCCACUGCUCGGCUUGACCAGAGCUGGCGCCGACCCCCGACUCACGGCGACGGCCAUUGCACCGUCAACGAGAUUGACUGUAACAUCUGGUGGGCUGCGCGGCGACCCGUUUUGUGCUUUCCCAAUAUCGGCGGAUGGGGGCGUCCUUUCCGCUGUCGACUAUUUCCUCCAGCACUAUGCGCCGGUCCAUAUCAAUCCUAGAAAGGAGCAGUUAGGUCCAGCAGAUAGCUUGCCACUGUCGCGAAGAUAUUUUAGUCUCGCGUUGGAGAAUGCAUCCAUGUUUGAACUCAUGGUGGCACUCGCCCAAGCUUCAUAUGAUUCCCGGCGAGGAAGUGCUCGGGAACCGUCCAGGGAAGUUUUGGUUCACUAUGGGAAAGGAAUCGAAGCGCUGCGUCUGAAAAUGGCGCGGAUCUCAGCCUGCGACGACGAUGCCACAAUCUUGGCGGUCAUGGCGCUGCUGGGAAUUGCCUUGAUUUACAAUGACUUCGUUUCGUUUGAGACGCACUUGAUCGGCUUACGCCAACUCAUUGAAAUGCGGGGAGGGGUUGACUAUCUGGGAUGGGACGGCUUCUUGAAGAAUUCAAUCAUUGGCCUCGAGUCGCUCUGGGCGUACCACGAGAAGAAAAAGUUACUCAUUUCUUCGACCGAAGCCAGAAUCAAUCUCCAAUAUCCAAAGCACCCAUUUCCCCCCAAUCUCUGCACCUUGAUUGCCAAACUCCCCGAUGGAUUUCGAGAAGUGGCCUUGUCCGGCAGUCUCUGCGUCCAGAUCAUCACGAUAUUAUCACGUGUGUCGGAAUGGGUGAGACAACUGCAGGGCCCGCGGAAGAAGGGCAUUCUCCCACUGGGAGAUCCAAACGGCAGAUAUAUGAAGCAAACACAGGCGUGUCUCGAAUUGGUGCCUCUUCGUGGGCUGAACACAGUUGAGAGAGUGCUGUGUUCAGCGCUUGCGGCCGUCACGGUAGAGACAUUCAGCAAAUUAAAGGAACAGAACCCGGUCCAUCGGCGCAUGCUCGAAACCCUCUCGGAAAUGCUGGCUACAUAUAACCUCCGCGAUUUGCCGCCCGAGUGUGCCACAUGGAUGGCAUUGGUUAUAGCGGGCCCUGCACAGCCAUCUACAGAGGGAACCACAAGCAAGGCGACGUCGACAAACAAGGGUCAACCACACAACCCACGAAACAUACUCCUGGAUAGGAUGAUUGAGGAUUCAUCCAGCGCGAGGAAUUGGAAGUGGGUCAAUAAUUCAGUUAAGAAGUUCUUCUGGAGUGAAGACCUACUUGAGACAUGGCGACAGACGUGGGAAUUGGGGAUUGUGCGAUACACCGACAAGCUGAAAGAAAGACGGAAAUAG